CUCCCGCGAUACCUUUCGUCACUUGACGUGUCUCGUCAACACAAUAAUGGCGGAUGCUGUGGAGGAAGCGCUCCAGGGUAGCUGGGACCAGGAUCUAGCAGACGCUCUGGACUCUGGCGGUUCCGACACAGAGAUGGACAAAUUGGUCGCCCACGCCCAGGAGACUCCAGCUCAACAACGAGCAAAAAUGUGGAAAAUCGCACUGAAUGUUUCCGGGAAAGGAGACUCUCUCGCUCCUUGGGACGGCAUCCUGGAUUUACCAGAACAGACGCUUAUUCACAGUCGCAGUCAGCAGCUGAUUGACCAGCUGCAAGUAUCCGAGGAAGAGCGGGGUGACCUGGUGUCUGACGUGGAGGCUGUUGUCACUUUCUACUGCAAGUCGCGCAACAUUAGCUUCACGUCGGACCUGAGCUGGCCGCACCUUCUCAAGCCCUUGCUGGAUCUUCGGCUUCCCCGCAGCGAUCUCUACAACUGUUUCUACGCUAUUAUGAACAAGCACGUACCAAGGGACUGUGUGCCCAAAGGUCGCCCAUUCCACUUAUACAGACUCCUCCUGCAGUAUCACGAGCCAGAACUUUGCUCAUUCUUGGAUACCAAAAAGAUCACACCUGACUCGUACGCUAUUAAUUGGAUGGGCAGUUUGUUCUCCAGCCACUGCACACCCGACGUCACCCAGGCUCUGUGGGACUGUUACCUCCAGCAGGCGGACCCUUUCCUUAUUUUCUUCCUCAUGCUCAUUAUUCUUGUCAAUGCCAAAGAGACCAUCCUUGACAGAGAAGGAGACAGCAAAGAUGACAUCAUCAAAAUGCUGGAAGAAUCGCCUUCUCUACUGGACGCUGAGGACAUUGAAGAUUUGUUUUCCCUUGCUCAGUACUACCAGAGCAAGACCCCCCUGUCACUCAGAAAGAUGAACCAAAACUUGUUCGGCAGCAGCCUUGUGGCUUUGAAGGAAGAGGACAUGGACCUGAGCCAGGCGCUGUGCCUACCUGUAUCUGUUCCGGAAAUUCUGCAAGCAAACCAGCAGCAACAGGACGGGGUGCGCUUCUUUGUAGUGGAUUGCCGGCCGGCGGAGCAGUAUAAUGCUGGUCAUCUCUCCACCGCUUUCCACCUGGACUCAGAUCUGAUGCUCCAGAACCCGUCUGAGUUCGCCCUGUCAGUCAAGUCGCUCCUGGAGGCCCAGAAGCAGUCCUUGGAGUCAGGCUCCAUUGCUAGCGGCGAGCACCUUUGCUUCAUGGGCAGCGGCAGGGAGGAGGAGGACAUGUACAUGAACAUGGUGCUGGCUCACUUCCUCCAGAAAAACAAGGAGUAUGUCAGUAUUGCGAAAGGUGGCUUCAUGGCUCUACAGCAACAUCUAGUGGACAUGAACGUGGAGGGCUUGGAUUCCUCGUACAUUCACUGGAUCGUCAGCACGUCGGGUUCUCACAGUAGCCUUAGCUCGGCAGACGGGGAGUCUCUGAGUGACGGCAAAGGCGUCAAAUCGUUGGUCAACAAAAUGACUUUUGCGCUCAAGUCCAAGUCUGUGAAUGUAAAAGAGAAGAUGAUUAGCUUCAUCGAGAACACGUCCGCACCAGUGGACAGAAUAUCUUUCAAUCUGCCCUGGCCAGAGAAGGUGAUUCCUGAUAGACACGUGAGUAGCAGCGAUCGGGUGGGCAAACCUUACCGCGGGGUUAAGCCCGUUUUCAGUAUUGGUGACGAAGAGGAGUACGACACAGAUGAAAUAGACAGUUCGUCCAUGUCGGAUGACGACCGGAAAGAGAUUGUCAACGUCCAGACGUGGAUCAACAAGCCAGAUGUGAAGCAUCACAUCCCGUGCAAUGAGGUGAAGGAGACGGGUCACAUGUUCCCUAGCCACUUGCUGGUAACGGCCACCCAUAUGUACUGCCUGCGCGAAAUCGCCUCCAGGAAGGGUUUUGCUUACAUCCAAUCCAGACAAGCGUUAAGCUCCGUGGUUAAGAUCACAUCCAAGAAGAAGCACCCAGAGCUUAUCACCUUCAAGUUCGGAAGCAACAGCUCAACCGCCGGAGUGGAGAUCUCCGCUGUGGAACGAUAUCUAAUCCCAAAUGCCGGAGACGCCACCAAGGUGAUUAAACAGCAGAUCAUGAAGGUCCUCGACGCGCUGGAGAGCUCGUAGAAGAUGACCACGACGACAACGGCGGCGUAUCCCGGCCGCUCGCCCCUGACACAAACUCUGCGAAUCACCUCGGGACCCGACUCGGUGCGGCGUUGGUCCCUGAACGCCACGCCGCUCCACUGCACAACUGCGGGAGCCUGGAGCGUCUAAUGCUGCCCAAUUUACAUUAACUUAUAAAUUACAUAUAUAUUGAAUAUACUGUCUUAUUUGUUCAUUCUAAAGUGGUGUAAUUCCACAUUGGAAGCUUUCCUCGGGCCUUAAGGUAGCGAUACUUUUCCAGCAGUUUAAUGAUUACGUGAAAUUCUGUGUUAAUGUUUAACAGUGUUUCCGCCAUCUUAUUUCCUUGAUAGUUGAUUUAGGCGGAGAAGUGCGGAAUGUACAGAAUUGGUGGUCUUUCAAGUUUAUUUGAGUUUUCCAACAGGCAGCCUUAAGUAGAAAAACCUUUGAGGUUCAUUAUAAAUAUGUACAUAUGAUAUACCACUGCUAUGUGAAGCAUAUCCGGAAUUGAGUAUGCAGCAAGGCUUUAAAGUCAUCUUGUGUGUGAUUAGCAACUGAGCAUCUUCCUUUGCUUGUGAGAGGAGGUUUUGUCAUCACACUAGUCAUUUUUUCUCCCAAAUUUUGCUUUUGUGCUUGAAUUAUGUAUUAUACAUAAUGUACAAUACGGUCAACACGAACUUGAAUACAAAACUUCCAACUGCCUUUGUUCACCAGCUUUUUCUUGUGUUACACCCACUGCAUUGUGCUUUAAAUAUGGUGAUACCAUGCAGGAGUUAAAAAGGAUAAAGCUAUUGGGAUAAGUUUGUUGACAAACGAUGGCACCAUUUGGCUCGCAAUGCAAAAUAAAAAAAUAUUUGCACCUUA